GUCCCCGCUGCCGCUCCGGGACGCGGCAGCAGCGCUGGCGCCAUGGUGAAGAUCGCCUUCAACUCGCCCUUCGCCCUCAAGGAUGAGCCCAAAAAAGAAGCGGCCGAGGCGCUGGUGGCCGACAAGGACCCAGAAGUUGCCACACACAGGGGUGAAAACUCAUCUGGAAGAUGUCUCUUGACUCUGCUGGGCCUGGCGUUCAUCUUGGCAGGGGUUGUUGUGGGUGGAGCCUGCAUCUACAAGUACUUCAUGCCAAAGCACAAGGUGUACCGUGGGGAGAUGUGCUACUUUGAGAACGAGGGCCGGGAGCGCGCGGUGGAGCCGUACUUCCUGCCCAUCGCCGAGGAGGCCGACAUCCGCGAGGACGACAACAUCGCCAUCAUCGACGUGCCCGUGCCCAAGUUCUCCGACAGCGACCCCGCCGCCAUCGUGCACGACUUCGACAGGCUUUUGACAGCGUACCUCGACCUGCAGCUGGGGAACUGCUACGUGAUCCCGCUGAACACUUCCAUAGUCAUGCCUCCAAGGAAUCUGAUGGAUCUCUUCGCCAAGCUGGCGACUGGCUCUUACCUGCCCCAGACGUACCUGGUGCGUGAGGAGAUGGUGGUGACAGAGGAGAUUGACAAUGUGUCUGACCUGGGAAUCUUCAUCUACCAGCUCUGUGUGGGGAAAGAGACCUUCAGGCUCCAGCGCAGAGACCAAAUCUUAGGUGUGCAGAAACGGGCAGCGGAGAACUGUCACUCAAUCAGACACUUUGAAAACUCUUUCGUGGUGGAGACAAAGAUCUGUCAGCAGUGAAAGGUGACAGAUGGGAGGUGACCAGGUCACACCUUCUUGGAGAAGUCAGCAUUAGACAUCGACUUCUGCAAUUAAACCGUGCAGUGAUAAUCAAAAGCCUUAUGCAUUUUCUGUGUAUUGCUUGUAUUUCAGAAGACAAAGUCACCAUUUCAGCUUUUGUUGAUCCUUGGUAUAACUUUUUAGUUGUCUCAUGUAAAACUUAAAUUUGAAUAAGGUUUUUUUAGAAGGCUAAUAUCAGUUUAUCUGUUGAAUGUGUUUGAUUUAGUGUAAUCUGGGAAUGGCAGAAAAAUAUAUAUAUAUAAAAAUGUUAACCAGUUCCUUGGCUGGAACCAGUUAUGUUCACCUUAACUUUCACAGAAUGAUUAAUAUUAAUAAUCUGUGGUUUGCACAUCUUGUGUAGUUCUGUAGAAUAGCUCUGCACUCCGUAUCCUGGCUCAAAAACCUUCCUGAUCUGGCUCAUUAAAGGUUUAUUUUAACG